GUAAUAUUUUAUGGAGUGGGCGGAUAGUAAACAAAUAACAAUAAUAACAAUAAUAAACAAUAAACCGGAUAAGCUGAAAACUUUGAUAAACAUAAAGCUUUAAGCUUGAUGGCUUGAUUCUUAAAACUUUAAUAAUUAACGAGUCCUAGUAUUUUAGUUUAAGGAUUACGAGACACAGCUCAUUUGCCAUCAAUAUGACGUGUAAUAUUUUUCGUUUUGCGGUAAUUAAUUUACCUACCAAGAUACAACCUCAGAUAACUGAACCAAUAGAUUUAUGAAUUGAAUAGAGUUUGAUUAUUUUAAUUUUAUGCGUUACUUUUUUGUAAUUCCCGCUUGAAGUAAGUCCUAGGUAUCCAUUACGUUGACCAUGGCUUCAGCAGAUCUGAUAAGCUUGAACAAAACUUGGGAACUUUCGUUGUAUGAGCUACAUAGAACGCCACAAGAGGCAAUCACGGAUAGCACGGAGAUAGCUGUGUCCCCUCGGAGCUUACACAGCGAAUUGAUGUGCCCAAUUUGUUUAGAUAUGCUCAAGAAGACUAUGACCACUAAAGAAUGUCUUCACAGAUUUUGUUCAGAUUGCAUUGUUACUGCUCUUCGUUCUGGUAAUAAAGAGUGUCCUACUUGUCGAAAAAAAUUAGUAUCUAAACGUUCAUUGCGCCCAGACCCAAAUUUUGAUCUACUAAUUUCCAAAAUCUAUCCUAGCCGUGAUGAAUAUGAAGCCCAUCAAACCAGAGUUUUAGAAAAAUUGAACAAAAGCCAUAGCCAAGCAAAUUUAGUGCAAUCUAUAAAUGAAGGUAUCAAAAUCCAAACUCAAAAUCGUUUACAGCGUACCAAAAAGAAUCAACAAGAUGAGCUAAAUGAAAGUAGUUCUUCAUCUACACCAAAAACCCCUUCCAACAACCUUGGGGCUGGUAGAGAUAAUGUAACUAGAACAGUGGUUCAAGCAAAAGUGGCAAAGAAACUUAAAACAGUAAUGAUUUCUGAAAAUGAUGGUCCAUCAUCUUUGUCAGCUGACAGAUCAGAUAUUACUGAGUGUGAUGGCUCUUCAAGAGGAGUAUCAGUAGAUGAAAUUGAAUUGGUAUUUAAGCCUCACCCAACUGAAAUGGGAACUGAUAAUCAAUUAAUAAGAGUGUUGAAAGAGAAUUCUGUACGUUAUAUUAAAACUACCGCAAAUGCUACUGUUGAUCAUUUAAGCAAAUACUUAGCGAUGCGACUUACAUUAGAUCUUGUUUCGGAGCUUCCAGAACGGGCUCUAAGCUUUUUAAUCUAUGUAUCACCAACAUCUGAUGAAUAUGUUCCGCUAAAUGGAAAUCAGACUUUACGACAGGUUCAUGACAAAUACUGGAAUGUGAAUAAACCACUAGAAAUGUUUUAUUCAUUUAAUUAAGUUAUGCCAAACUAAUUUGUAAAUUAUAAGCUUUUUACUCUUCUUUGUCUUUCAAAUAGUAUUAAUCUAUAAGAAUAAUAUUAUAAAUACUAACUUAUGUAGUGUUAAUAUCUAUCACUAAUAUUUAUUAAUAUUUUAUAUUAGCUUUAUUGCUUUAGAAUAAAAUGUGGUACACAUUUUUCCAGUUAAGAGUGAACCACCUACAGAUACAGACUGACCGAUUCGACCCCUUACGUGGUCGUCGUGUUGUCUAAGUGCUUUAUUGUAGGUUGUUGCCAUCGUAUUGUGCCCAAGUAUACAAGUUUUUGCCAUAAGAGCUGUUUAUGGAUAGUUAUACACUAACAUAGUCAGAUUUAAAUUAAUGUUUUAUUGUUAACUUGAAUACAGUAUAAAACUUCUGAAAUUGUGAAAUUCUUUGUUAAGUGAUCUUAGGUUUGUACCAAAACUCAAACUUUUAUAAAAAUAAAGUAAUAUAUCCUGGACUAGUA